GUUGCGCAUAGCCCACGAAGUAGGGAGGUCGUUACACUGCAACGUGUCAAAACAGUUUUGUGAAACUAGGUUGUACAAGAAGCUUACUUAAGCGAGUGUGUUUUAUGUGAUAGAGUCGUUUAAGUAGCAUUGAAUAUCAAAAAUGCCUGCAUCAGCGAGCGCUACAAGUGUGGGCUCCGGUAGUCGGUCUCCUUCAAAAAGCGCCGCCCCGAGAUCUAGUACCGGGGGCACCGUAAGGCAAAGGAAGACAACAACGACAACGACAGCGAGAAGAAACACGGGAGCGGGUACAGGUGGCAUGUGGAGGUUUUACACUGAUGAUUCACCCGGAAUUAAAGUAGGCCCAGUUCCAGUUUUGGUAAUGUCCCUGCUGUUCAUCGCGUCGGUGUUUAUGCUGCACAUAUGGGGCAAAUACACGAGGUCAUAGUGCAAUAUUAUUUAUUAAUUCAUUCCAUCUCCAGAUUAGCUUUUUUAAAAAAAGUAUUUUUUUUUCAUAUUGUUAAUAAAAUAAGUUAUAACCUC